GGGACGAUGUAGACACAUCAUUAACAUUUAACAACCACCAUUUCGUAUGUGCGCGUAUAUAUUAUCUAUAUUACCUAUAUAUUUACUCGACACCGUGCUAGCAGUGUUUUCGAUUGUUUUCUCAUAAUAUCUCCGAGAAUCGACUCAAUUAAAUAUUUCGGCUGUCGACAACCAUCACUAUGUUGAACGUUUUUGGUGCCGUGAAAGAUCUGCUAAAGCUGGAUGCCGUGUGCAUUGACAACAACGUGUUCCGGCUGCACUACAAAGCAACUGUUAUCAUGCUAGUCGGAUUCUCUUUGAUCGUCACCGCCCGGCAAUAUGUCGGUGAACCGAUUAACUGCCUGGUAGACGGUGUGCCAAAUAAAAUAAUGGAAUCGUAUUGUUGGAUACACUCAACGUUCACUGUGGUCAAAAAGGUCAGCGGUCGUGUCGGAAAAGACGUCGUUCAACCCGGCGUCGCGCCUUUUCGGCAAGGCGAAGACAUAGUCAAGUACCACAGGUACUACCAAUGGGUGUGUUUCGUUCUAUUCUUUCAGGCUGUGUGCUUCUACGUUCCCAGGUACUUGUGGAAAUUUCUGGAGGGCGGCCGUAUACGGGCAUUGGUCAAAGGUCUCAACAACGUUAUGAUCACCGAAGAGCAAAAGGCCAACGCUAUAAAAUUGCUAGCAGACUACUUUGUCGUAAAUUUACACUCGCACAACUUUUAUGCCAUUCAGUUUUUUUUCUGUGAAUGUCUGAACUUUGUUAACGUCGUCGUCCAGAUACUGUUCCUCCACUACUUCUUUGAAGGCGAGUUUGCGAGUUACGGUCUCGACGUUUUUCGGUUCACCACCAUGGAACCCAGCGAACGAGAAGAUCCCAUGUCUCGGAUUUUCCCCAAAGUCGCCAAGUGCACGUUUGAGAAAUACGGAUUUUCCGGUACCAUACAGACGUUUGAUGGGUUAUGCUUGUUGCCACUGAACAUGGUUAACGAGAAAAUCUACGCGUUCCUAUGGUUUUGGUUCUUGUUGGUUGCCGUAUUCAGUGGUAUCAUCUUGGUAUACCGUGCAAUUUUAAUAAUGUCGAUCAAGUUCCGCCUGAUGAUGUUAAAAAUGAAAUCUCGUCUGUCUCCUCGGGACGAAUUAAUCAUAAUAAUCGAAAAUUUCCAGAUGGGCGAUUGGUUUAUUUUACAUCAGAUAAGUAAGAAUUGUGAACCCAGAGUAUUCAAGGAACUUGUAUCAAAUUUGGCUACCAUACAAUUUAACGGCAGAGAGAACGUUGAAAUUUAAUUUGGUAAAAUUUAAAAUGCAUACCUAAAAUAUACUAAACUUAAUUUAUUAUCAUAUUAAAUUUUAAUAAGCUAUUAGUUCGAGAAAACGUAAUUCACACAAUAUUAUAGGUAAUUAGAAAUAAUUUAAAUGAUACCAAUAUACCUAAAUGUAUUAUACGAGUACACAUGGCUAAUCUUAAAAUUGUUUUAUAUUAUUGUACAUUGAUAAGAAAAUAAAAUAAAAACUAUUUCGAAAACAUUAUCUAUAUUGUACACACUACCUACUUAUGCUUAAAAUUAAUUAUUUGAU